UUACAAGGUGAUGGAUUACAAGCUGCGAAUGUUGGGGGUGAAAUCCCAUUUUGAAGAGAUGGAAUCAGGAGACGACAGGUACAUUCAUGUGGUUGACAACGACAUCGACUCUCCAGAAGCAACGGAAGCCGAGGCCGAACAGCAACGACGAGUUCAAGCAUUUUCCGUAGGAUUGGAAGGAGGAGGUGACAGGAAACCUAUAGGGACUGUCAUAUAUAAGAGUAUAUACACCGUAAUUUUGUCAAAGAAAUUCAACGUGCUCAUUCCCUUCGGACCUCUAGCAAUCUUUGUCCAGAAAAAGACUAAUCGAGAAGGCUGGGUAUUUAUUCUUGGUUACUGGGUAUAAUGCCAUUGGCAGAGCGGUUGGGUUAUACCACAGAGUAAGAAUUCAUACAUAAAUCUUUAUUCCCUGUAAAAAUUUCUCUAAAUUUUCAAUAUCAGAGAA